AUUUAAAAUUACUCCAUCAAAUUGCUAUAAAAAUUUCUAAACACUUUCAUUUCCAUACUUAUCUUGCCACAGAAAGAUAACAGUUUGCAGACCAACACCAAUCCUGACCCGUACUUGGAGUGUAUUGCCCUAAAAAGGCCUGGGGACUCCUUUGCCCCAGAACUCCUUUGGCGGGGAGAUGUCUGAGCCCUUUUGCUCAUCCAAAUCAGGUCUGGGAUGCUGAGAAGCGAUCUGGAUAUCCAUGGUCACAGGGUAAUGAGUCAGGACUGUGACUUCCUGUUUGUACUUCGCUCAGAAUCUCUCCAGUUUGUCUUCCCCAGCUCUAGGAAAGAGCUUCACCAACCAGGGAAGAUCUCCACCUCUUCACUGUAGUCCCCAGUCCUACCUAAUAGUGCCUUGGGUCCCUACUAGGGGCCACAAGUUCAUUUGUUCGUUUAUUCAUUCAUUCAUUCAUUCAUUUGUUCAUUCGUUCAUUUAUUCAUUCAUUCAGGCAUCUUCUUAAGCACUAAGAAUACAAAAUGAAUCUAUAAAAGGCAGAUUCCUGCCUAAGGAGCUGAUGUCCUUGUGACAAAGUAUCACAAAGAAAGCCAUCAGUCUUUUCAAAUACAGCCCUGGGUGAUCCAAAGGUACAAGCAGCUAUCAAACUGGAGAUCUAACCCUCAAAAAAAAAAAAGAUAAACCUACUAGGAAUGAAGGAAAUUUACCAGAACUUAGUUUGGUAGAAUGCGCUAGAAAGGACUGUAGCAGAGAUGGCCCCUGAAGUGUUUCUGCUUCAUGUCCCAUGAUUCCAUGACUUUACAAUCACCAAGAGAGGAGCUAGGAAUAGAGCACUUGUUUACUUGGGUAAAGUAUAUCAUUAUUAACACCUUAGGGAGAAAGGCAGGACAAGGAAUGCAGUCUGGUUGACAGGUGAGGACACUGCAGCUCUAAGGGACAGGUGAUCUAUCUUCAGGGUUAGGAGCCCACCUGCUCUAGGCUAUGAGGUUCUGGAAACAAGCCCUCGGGAGGAAAGAGAUGUAAGUCUGACUUAGAGAGGAAAGAAACAUCCAGGGGAUGGAAAGACUUCAGACCUUCUGUGGGCCUGGGAGGCAAGAAGGGCUGGAGGGGGCAUGGGGCGGGGCUUUCCUUGAGGCUUUGGGCUGAGUCCCUCCCCCCUGGUCCUCCAUUGGGUCAAAGGCUCCUGCAGCCCCGCCAGUGAGGGACAAAUGAGAUGAGCUGUUGAUUUUUCCCCCUUGGCCAUUCAGAAUUUCCCCACAUAAAUACUGAGAGAGACACUGCCCUCUUCUCACUUUUUCUCUGGACUUGUCCCUGGGCUGAAUCUGGUCCCCUAGAGGUGAGCAGUGCCAUGGGGGACCUGUUUAUGCUCAGGGUGACUAUGGGCAUAUGCUAUGCCACCUUCAGUGCCUCUGCCUGGUAAGUCCUUUCCCCCCACCCUUUACUCCAGGCCAAGGAAGCCCCAUUAUCUCAUCCUCAUUCACCAUUGCCUUACUUUUUCUCUUUUUGGUUAGGUCAGUGAACAAUUUCCUGAUAACAGGGCCCAAGGCCUAUCUGACCUACACCACCAGCGUGGCCCUGGGUGCCCAGAGUGGCAUCGAGGAAUGUAAGUUCCAGUUUGCCUGGGAACGCUGGAACUGCCCUGAAAACGCUCUCCAGCUCUCCACACACAACAGGCUGAGAAGUGCCACCAGGGAGACUUCCUUCAUUCAUGCCAUCAGCUCUGCUGGGGUCAUGCACACCAUCACCAAGAACUGUAGCAUGGGCGACUUUGAAAACUGUGGCUGUGAUGAGUCAAAAAAUGGAAAAACAGGAGGCCAUGGCUGGAUCUGGGGAGGCUGCAGCGACAAUGUAGAAUUUGGGGAAAAGAUCUCCAAACUCUUUGUGGACAGCCUGGAGAAGGGAAAGGAUGCCAGAGCCCUGAUGAAUCUUCACAACAACAGGGCAGGCAGGCUGGCAGUGAGAGCCACCAUGAAAAGGACCUGCAAAUGCCAUGGCAUCUCAGGGAGCUGCAGCAUCCAGACAUGCUGGCUGCAGCUGGCUGACUUCCGGGAGAUGGGAGACUACCUAAAGGCCAAGUAUGACCAGGCACUGAAAAUCGAGUUGGAUAAGCGGCGACUAAGGGCUGGGAACAGUGCCGAGGGCCGCUGGGCACCCACGGAGGCCUUCCUUCCUAGUGUAGAGGCUGAGCUGAUCUUUUUAGAGGACUCACCAGAUUACUGUACCCGCAAUUCCAGCCUGGGCAUCUAUGGCACCGAGGGUCGGGAGUGUCUGCAGAACAACCACAACAUAUCCAGGUGGGAACGACACAGCUGCUGGCGCCUGUGCACGGAGUGUGGUCUGCAGGUGGAAGAGAGGAGAACUGAGGCCACCAGCAGCUGUAACUGCAAAUUCCAGUGGUGCUGUACAGUCAAGUGCGACCAGUGUAGGCAUGUGGUGAACAAGUACUAUUGCACGCGCUCCCCCGGCAGUACUUGGUCCAGGGGCAAAGGCAGCACCUGAUAACGCCCCACAAACUCACUUGCAUGACAAUGGAGGGGGACACAGCUUCUCUUCUGGAGACAUUAGAUUUGAAAACAAUUGGGACAUCACAGGGUUGGUCUGUAAUUCUCUCGAUAUCUGGUAUACAUGGGGAAAUUGAGGCCCAAGAUUAUACAGCAUAUUCUUGACAGAGCUGAAAGUGGAACCUGGGCUUCCUAACUUGGGCAGACCCCAUUUCAUCUUCCUGCAAGUUAUUUCCUGGUCUUUGUGCCUGUACUUUUGCAAUUUGUUUGGUUUGGGGUCCAUAUCCAUAGGGACCCUCAAAGUACUCGACCCUGUAAGUUUCAGACUACGUCCAACCCAGCUAUGCUGCUGAGCAUCAGAGGGAAUGGAAGCAAAAAUGAAAGAGUUCUGUCCAGACUCCUGAAGGAGCAACCU